AUGCUCAAGUUCUUCGGCGGGGUCAGCAGCGCCCCCGACCAGACCACCCCAAAGGCGUCCGACCAGCGCAACCCGUUCGACUUCUUCACCCCCUCGUCGCGCAAAGGCUCGGUCGCCAACCAGGGCGGCCACCUCGCCCCGACCGCGAGCGGAGGCAGCUCGGGCACGGCGACCGCCGUACCUAGCGGACAGGCGACCCCGGCUCAGCGCACCAGCGUCUCGACGCCGGGAGUCGGCUCGCCCGCGGCCGCCUCGUCGUCCAGCGGAGGAGCGAGUGAGCCGCCUGCGACGCCGGGAGCUGUGCCGCCGACGCCUGGUGGGACGGUACGCAGCCAGCCUACGACCGCGUUCUGGGUUGGCGGAUCCGGGAGCACCGGGCUCGCUUCCGAGCGCAGUUGCUGA